UGGACCCGAAAUCUAUCACCGACGCCAUAUUAUCUUCCGGGUUGGCCCUUCCUGCCUCCCAUCGAUAGAGUUUUCUCGAGCGCGCGGUUUCCUUGCCUCUGCGACCGUGAUAGCUGCUGUGGCAUUGUAUCAGCUGCUUCCGGACUGCGGUGCUAAUCUUGCGGCUCCUCGUUUCGUUUGUUCUUGGUUUUGUUUGAUCGAUUAAGGAUUCGUCGGCAAGAUGUUUGGGAGGGCGCCGAAGAAGAGCGACAACACCAAGUACUACGAGAUCCUUGGGGUGCCGAAGACGGCUUCGCAAGAGGAUCUCAAGAAGGCCUAUCGGAAGGCUGCUAUCAAGAACCAUCCUGAUAAGGGUGGCGAUCCCGAGAAGUUCAAGGAGUUGGCCCAGGCUUAUGAGGUUCUAAGUGACCCCGAGAAGCGUGAAAUCUAUGAUCAGUAUGGAGAAGAUGCUCUCAAGGAGGGAAUGGGUGGUGGCAGCGGUGAUCACAAUCCAUUUGAUAUCUUUGAGUCAUUUUUUGGAGGAAGUCCUUUUGGAGGAGGUGGAAGCAGCCGAGGACGCAGGCAAAGGAGGGGAGAGGAUGUCAUCCAUCCCCUUAAGGUGUCUUUGGAAGACCUGUACAAUGGAACUUCAAAGAAGCUCUCUCUUUCUCGGAACGUCAUUUGCCAAAAAUGCAGUGGGAAAGGUUCAAAGUCUGGUGUUUCGACGAAGUGCUCUGGCUGUCAAGGUUCCGGUAUGAAGGUAACAAUUCGGCAGUUAGGGCCUGGCAUGAUCCAGCAAAUGCAGCAUCCUUGCAAUGAGUGUAAGGGAACUGGGGAAACGAUCGAUGAGAAGGAUAGAUGUCCAGAAUGUAAAGGUGAGAAAGUUGUGCAGGAAAAGAAAGUAAUGGAGGUUGUGGUUGAGAAGGGUAUGCAGAACGGCCAGAAGGUUACCUUCCCUGGAGAGGCAGAUGAAGCACCUGAGACGGUGACUGGAGAUAUUAUAUUUGUCCUUCAACAAAAGGAACACCCCAAGUUUAAGAGAAAGGGAGACGAUCUCUAUUAUGAGCACAAUCUGUCUCUCACUGAAGCACUUUGUGGCUUCCAAUUUGUUUUGACCCACUUAGAUAACCGACAAUUGCUUAUCAAAUCAAACCCUGGUGAAGUUGUAAAGCCCGAUCAAUUCAAAGCGAUAAAUGAUGAGGGGAUGCCUAUGUAUCAGAGGCCCUUCAUGAAGGGGAAGCUGUACAUCCAUUUUAAUGUUGAUUUUCCUGAUUCAUUAGCACCAGAACAACGCAAAGCUCUCGAGGCAGUACUCCCACCAAGGCCCCAUUCACAGAUGACCGAUAUGGAGCUGGAUGAGUGCGAAGAAACAACGUUAUAUGAUGUUAAUAUUGAGGAAGAAAUGCGAAGGAAGCAAGCUCAGGCACAAGAAGCUUAUGAAGAGGAUGAUCUCCAAGGAGGUGGUGCCCAGAGAGUGCAAUGUGCACAGCAAUAGGCAGAAUACUUAGUAUUGAAUCCUCAAACUUGCUUUGUUGCAUUUUGCUAUUGGUACUUACUAAAUUCUGGUACAAUAUCAGCAAUGCAAUGUGCUUAGCAGCUUCAUACUAGUUAUGACCAUCUGCGCCUACCUUUGAAUUA